UAGAAGAAAUUAAUAAAAGUCGACUUUUGAAUCAUUGACACACAGUCUCAUGGAAAGUACUAAUGACUGCAGUAGCACGGACACACUCCGUCUUCUCGGUCGUCGGAAAUAGGACAGUGACUUGUACGACGUCAGGGUUGCCUAUCUUGAGGUGAGGGGACUUGCAGACGACGGGUGGACAAACGAGUAACGAGUGUGGAGUGGAACUCGCGCACAGUAUGGGAAUAACUUGUCGAACGUUAGUACACUGCAGCGCUGCUUCGGUUCGUGAUGGAGUCCACGAGGGAGCGAUGACGACCGUCAGGUCGCCUACUAUAUGGCACAUGCGAUGAAAUAGUCUCUAAUAAUCGUGAAGGGAUCGAGAAAGAAAGAAAGAGAGAACGAGAGAGUGACCAAAGCAAGUGUUCGUCAUGUUUUACCAUUUGCAUCUCAGAAGUCGUUUUUUGCAAACCCUGAUCCUUGCGUUAAUCGGUUUUACCUUCUAUGUGUAUUACCGUACUACCGUGAACGAUGUCCAGCAGUACAGCUUGCUACGAAACACAAGUCACUCUGCAUAUCAAGAAGGUUCCCAUAUGUAUGCAAAUGUUAGCAUGGAUAUGCGACUAACAUCAACACUUAAAAACUCUAGCUCGGAUAGUGUGUCUCUUAGUCUAUAUGAGACGCAUAACGUGAGCAAUCCUUUGAUAUCCAUUACUACGCUAUCGACGUCCUCCAGCGCACAAUUCUCGUCAUCUUUAAUGAGCACGUCAGUUAGCUCAAAACAAAAUGAAAAGUUUCAGACAACAAAAGUUGCCAAUAUGACAAGACCAGCACCAAUCGCGGUUCGUGACGAUAAAGCGCGUGCCAUAUAUGAGUUCGGACACACGGUGUCAGUUCCUGAGCGCUGCCCGAACGAGGGUGAAAAUAUGGACUUGGUGGUGAUCGUGAUGUCUGCACCGACACAUCUCGAAGCACGCACGGCAAUUCGACAGACCUGGGGACAUUUCGGUCAACGUAGUGAUAUGAGCGUGCUUUUUAUGCUUGGUACUACUCUUGAUCCUACAGUGAAAGCGAUCCUACGCAAAGAACAACAUAUGUACAACGAUGUGAUACGUGGCCGCUUUCUCGACUCUUACUCGAAUCUCACACUCAAGACUAUCUCGACAUUGGAAUGGGUCGACACAUAUUGUUCUAAAGUCAAGUAUGUGCUAAAGACCGACGACGACAUGUUUAUAAAUGUGCCGCGACUGCUAGCUUUCAUAUAUAAACACGCGAAGAGCCGUAAUGUAAUAUUCGGUCGACUGGCUCGAAAAUGGAAACCUAUUCGAAAUCGCAAGAGCAAAUACUAUGUGUCUCAGACGCAGUUUCAGCAGUCAGUAUUUCCAGACUUUACUACCGGACCGGCGUAUUUAUUGUCAAGCGACACGAUACACCGUUUAUACGACGCCGCUUUGAAUCAGACGUAUCUAAAGCUUGAGGACGUAUUUACUACAGGCAUUGUCGCUCACAAGCUUGGUAUCAAGCGCUCGCACGCUAACGAGUUCUUGAACAAGCGGAUACAGUAUACCGCCUGCAACAUUCAGCGCGGCAUCAGCAUACACAUGGUCAAGUACAGUGAGCAGUUUGAUCUCUGGAAAAAGUUGCUAGAUGGCAAGAGCAAGUGCAAGUGAUAAUCAGCAAGGCCAACAAAGACGAAGAUCUUACGUUUGAUCUUGGUAAACCAAGUACGAUCGUUACUUUCUUAAUGCGACUCAAGUAUUCGGUUAAAUGUUGAGAUCGGGUGAUAUGAAACACAGUUGCUGUUUUAUUGGCCUCAAACAUAUACGCGCGCGUAUACUUAGCUCAAGUACGAAACAACUUGAUACACACAAGUAUAGUUGGAAAUUGUGUAUCGUGACAUUAAAGACGUGUAGAGAUUUUGACUCUUAGAUUUUUACACAAUGCACCAAUUGCUACACGACGGCUUUUCUUCAUAGAGGUCGAACAAAAGUGAUUUGUAAGAUAAAGUAAAGUUUACAUUUUUUUUAUAUUCUUUUAAAAUCUUUAGAUAAUAAUCUUUUUAUUUUAUUUAUUGGUUUUAUUUAUCAUAGAAUUAAUUUUAUAUAAUUUAUCAGAGAAUGAAGAAACAUCUUUUGCGUGUGAAAGUUAUAAAAGAUGUUCUGCAACUUUCUCGACCUCUGGUAUUUUUUAUGAUGUCGUAAUGCUAAACUAGAUGCAAUCACUUGUAUUUUUAAUCGCACUUUUAGCAAUGGAUGAUCAUCUUUUACACAAAUUCACACGAUGAAAAUCAAACGGACUUGAAUAGUUGCGUUCAUCGUUAUACGUGCGAAAAAAAAUACCGUAUUUUUACGAAGUAAAGAAUCACUAUCACUCACAGGAGUUCCUAAAAGUUUCUUUGUGUGAUCAUCAUAUUCAUUGUUAUUCUACAACGCGAUCAGGGUUAUAAAAAAAAUAACAGAUAUCUGACAGGAUAUAUUUUCACACUUCUUCCUAAAUAAAGAAGAUUGUGUGAUUAAUGUAAUUAUAUAUAACAUUUAUUAGUAUAUAUAAUAUAUAUAUUAGUAUAUAUAAUAUAUAUAUUAGUAUAUAUAACAUUUUUGCGCAUUUUUCACGCAUGGAAUUACAUUGGGAGAAUUCAAGCGCAAAGAAUCGAGAAAUUAUGUCAAUAUGCAUGCACAUUGCAUCAAUCACCCGAGGCAGGCAAGAAAAAUAUGUCACGAUGAAUGAAGUGCGCUCUAAAGAGUAGCUUCGCACUUCUCCCCCCGAAUAUUAUCUAGUCAUCGGCUAGAUAAUAUACCGCGGAGGCGCGUGAACAGCACACUCGAUAUUGACUCGUGUUACAUAUUCGAGACUAUCGCUACUUUUUUGUAUCCUGCGGAAAUAUCGUACAAUAUUUCUGUUCUUGGUGCCAUAUGUCUGAAACAUAAUUACAGAGACUUUUGAAUUCCGAGGCGCCAUGAAAUAUCAACAUAAUUAAUAAAAACCACGUAAAACCAUCCAAUCUUUGAUGAAAUAAUGUAACCGUUGUUUUUAGUGAUAAAUAAGUAUUUUAGCAAAAAAUGCAAAAGAUGCGAACAGCAAAAAACUAUUCUUGAGAAUGAUAAUUGAAUAGUUUGUAUAUAUGAAUCAUAAGCCUACACGCGCUGUGUUAAAAAGAUGGCUUAACUCACGCAAAAUGCACGUUUGUUUAUCUCAAGAGAGUGCUGUUUUAUGACUUCUUAGAAAUAACAUUAAUUCUGCAAAUUUACAUACAUACGACCUUCAGUUAGAUCAUCAACAAGAUUACACAUGGUCAUUAAUUACAAUUAUAAACAAAUAUGUUGAUAUUGUCGUGACGCAUUUUCAUUAGUCAAAACUUUAAGUUCAGAAACCAUUAGCGGCAUUUGUCCGAUUCACUAUAGUGUGCGUAUACUUACAUGUUUCAGAUCUGCAAUAUUGUACAUUCACAUACAUAUAUAUAUAUAUAUAUAUAUAUAUGCAUGUAAACGCAUAUUCUCUCUUGGUCACGAUAGACACGUCACACGAUUAUUAUUGCGUAUAUCCGGAGAUAACAAUUGUCACAUACUCGCGUCGUAACGCGCAAUCGUGAAACAGAUAACAAUUUGUUACUCUUUCAUUCCUAUCCAAUAAACUAACUAGCUAGAUGUCUUAGAUAUAGACAUUUUAUUUUUGUAUGUUGUUUACGUUGUAUUAUGAGUGUUUGUAGACGUGUGUUUUAAUUAGCUAAUGUAUUUAUUAGAAAGAUAUAAUAUAUAUAUCAUAAUAUGUUCGUUAUCUUUAAAAUAGUCGCAAACUGGAAACUUUGAUUGUACGGCUCAACAUUUUUUUCUGGCUUAAUGCAUAUUACGCGCGCUUGUAAUAAUAAAUACGUAUAAAUUCAAUACAUAAAGAUAAAGAUUAAAAGUUAAGUUUCUCUUCUA